CGUGGCAUGUGUUCCCAAAACAGAUCCCGUGACCUCCUAGACAGGCUAUUCAAGAUGGCCGCCUGACUGGAGAAUUUCCUAGUAAAACUAAUCCAACAGCUGGUUUCCCAAACUACUUCAACUGUCUUGUUUCAGAAUGAGACGCGAAGUUUGUUCCUAUUUUAAAACAGAAGUUGUGCGUAAUUGAGGACGGCGUCGCAAUUAUGGAAUAAAAACUGCUGGUAAGGAAUUUAUAAACAAACCAGGAAUUGGAGGGGAUUAAGGGCCCCCUGCUAUUAGCCCAGCAUGGACAACUUCUUCAAGGCAGCUGUAUGUGAUCUGGACAAACUGCUCGAUGACUUUGAGCUGAGUGCUGAAGAACCUGAAUGCAAGUCUGUUUUCCUGAGGCCUUCUGCGUACCCCUUCUCCUCACUGGGCUCCCAGUGUUCAUCCUCAGAGGUGUCCACUGAACCACAGAGUCUCUCGGACCUUAAUUCUCUUCAUUAUGGUUUGGCCACCAGCUGUCCUGAGCACCCCAGCAGUCACAACCACAGCGCUGAUGACAGAGAGGUCAAAGGUCAGCCUCUCACUGGAGUGGACCUUCUAUCCUCCGUGGAUCGCAGGCCAGCUCAGAGCUCUGCCCCUCCCUGCCCAGAUCGAGCUCUGAAGCCAGUGUGCGACCUCGUGAAUGACACAAGCUCGGCCAUCCUGGUCAGGGCCAACGGUCACGAUGCUUUCAGUGAGCUGGACAUAGUAGAGAAGCAAAUGGAGGCAGAGGAGUUGCUGCUUGUGGACUUUGACAGCCCCGUGGUCACAGAUGAGCAAACGGGCCUAAGUCAAAGUGGAGGCUGUAGAGACACUGAGCAAGAGCAAGCCUCUGCAGCGAAUGACGAGCUUCAGCGUCCUGACGCCCAGGAGCAGGGUGGUGCAUACUCUGCCUCACUCAGUUUGCUGGAUGUCAUUCUUCCUGCAGCGGUGGAGAGGGGCUGUGAGGAUUCACUGUCACCAGGGGCCGUUGAGUCAGCUAACAAAGACGAGGGGGGCUGUGAUGAGCUAGCUUGCACAAACCACAUGGUGGAUAACCCUUUAGACCACAGUGAACCAGGUGGAACCCUGCCUGCUGCGAGCAUUGACGAAACGACAACAAACUCGGUGAAUAAACAGUCACAAGAAGCCUCAGAUAAAGGUGAGGCAGAGUCUUCAGCAGGUGUAAAAGCAGGGGCCUCAGACAGUGAACCGGUGGGCUUGUCAUGCCUGCCCAUAGCUGUGUCCAUGUGUGGAGCCCUGCUAAGCACAGAGACAGAAGGAGACGAGUCAGAACAAGCUGCAGAGCAGUGUGAUGAGACCUAUGUCUCUGAGAGCACAGAGGCAGACGCUCUGUCAGCUUCGGAGGACAGGCCUCGUUUAGAGGGACCUGUUGACCAGUCAGUGUCCCAGCAGGUUGCAGAGGGCAGGCUGUCGCCAGAGGGGCAGCAUGUCUCUCUCAGACCAUCUGCCGUGUACCACCCCUCCUCCGACUGCUCAGAACCCAGCCCAGAAGAUCCUCCUGAGUUUGGCUUUGAGUAUCUCCCUGAGAGUGACCAGGCUGAGCUGCUGGUUACAGACGAGGAGCUGGAUGCCUUCCUGCAGGCUCACACUGAGGCAGAGCAGGGCAGAGGCAUCUCUUACUGCAGCAGGUCUGGAGAUUGUUCUCAACCUGAGAGCCUCUCAGAACCAAAUAGGAAUCUGGAGGACCGGCUUGUGGAGGAGGAGCCUAGGAUGUGUGGUAGAGGUCGACUGGAGGAGCUAGAGGGUCUGGCCUCUCCAGAGAGCGACAGAACAAUGCGUGUGUCUGUAGAGGGCAGUUUUAACCCUGGUGCUCCAUCACUCUCACAGGACUCUUGUAGACCCUGGCAAGGAGAGCCAGACCUCUCCUCUGGGUUAAACCAUUCUUUAACCAGCAACACUUUCCAGUCCCAGCACAGCAGUAGCCCUGAUCAGCAACCCUCCUAUGGAGGCGCAAGACCUAAACAGCUACACUGCCAAACUGCAAGAUCUCCACCAGCAGGGGAAGAAGGGGAGGAGCAGGCUCAGAUGCUCAGUGGGUCUUCAAGAGGCAUGACUAUGACAGAGGAUGAACAGAGUUCACCCAUGAGCCCAAGUCUUACAGAGGAGCUUUCCAGCCCUAUAUACACUACUCAGGAGCAUCAGGAUUACAGUGUGGGGUAUGAUGAGCUUUCAGAGCCCCCACCUUACCCCGGGGAGUCGCCCACAGAUGGUGCCAGGUCAGUGAGCUGGAAGAGAGAGGGAGUGGACGAGCUGGGCAGCAGGCAGCCUGCGUGGGUACCCGACUCUCAGGCCCCCAAGUGUAUGAACUGCUACCAGAGGUUCACUUUCACCAAGAGGCGGCAUCACUGUCGAGCCUGUGGGAAGGUUUACUGUGCUAUGUGCUGCAGCAGGAGGUGUAAGCUGAGGUACCUGGAGAAGGAGGCUCGAGUGUGUACCAUCUGCUUUGAUAGCAUACACAGAGCCCAGGCCCUGGAGCGUAUGAUGAGUCCUACGGGCCCCAGUCCGAACCCCAACGUCCCAUCUGAGUACUGCAGCACCAUCCCCCCUCUGCAGCAGGCUCGUGCAGCCGGCACUCUAAACUCACCUCCACCCACCGUCAUGGUGCCUGUGUCUGUUCUCAAACACCCAAACAACGACAGCUGCCCUCGUGAACAGAAGCACGUGUGGUUUGCUGAUGGCAUCUUGCCCAACGGAGAGGUGGCAGACACGACCAGGCUGUCGGUGACGAGCCACAGGAGCUCCCAGGAGCCGAGUGGCGUUACCUCUGGCCAAACAGCACCUGGCUCUGCAGGCUCAGAGGUUGGAGUCAGUGGCUCGUCAGCCCCCGAACCUUCUGGCGCUGCAGAGGCGGUCCGGCCCCCGCUUUCCGGGCCCUGGGAUUAUGCCCUGCUUUGUGGAAUCAGUUCCUCGGUGAAGAGGGUUCCCAGUCUACUGCCAGACAGUGAAGAUGAGCUUCCUCCUCUGCUCAUCACCGCUGGAGACGAGGAUGGAGGAGAUGCUUUGGUUGAGGAAAGCCUCGCCCCAGGCCAGAUUCUGCAUCUGCUAGAGGAGGGAGGCCCCCGCCCGCUGAUGUUCGUUCUGAACGCCAACCUGCUAAUCAAUGUCAAACUGGUUACAUACUCGGGUCGGCAGUGCUGGUGCUUCGGCUCUAAUGGACUGCAGGCUCUGGGGCAGAGAGAGCUCGUGUUUUUGUUGGAGUGUUUGCCAGAAGAAAAAAGUCUUCCAAAAGACCUUUUCACACUCUAUCUCACUGUUUACCACGAUGCCCAAAAAGGGAGGUUUGUGGAGGAGCUGGACAACAUGAUGUUCACGAGCAGUUUCCUGGGCAGCAAAGAGCACGCGGGGAUGCUCUUCUUCUCUCCCACCUGUCAGCCUCUAGAUGGCCUCACUCUCCCGCCACGGCACUUCCUGUUUGGCCUGCUCAUCCAGAAACUGGAGGUCCCCUGGGCCAAAGUCUUUCCACUCAGGCUGCUUCUACGGCUCGGAGCCGAGUACAGUGUGUAUCCCACUACGUUGAUUAGUGUUCGUUUUCGGGAGCCUGUGUAUCGAGAGACAGGACACACCAUUAUGAAUUUACUGGCUGACCUGAGGAAUUACCAGUACAGCCUAUCAGUGGUGGAGGGCCUGAGGAUCCACAUGGAGAUGGGCCACAGUUACAUCGACAUCCCCAAAAGUAGCUUCAACGAGAUGCAGAAGGUGAUAAAUGCCUCCAACGAACACGUCAUCAGCAUCGGAGCCAGUUUCACCUCGGAGGCCGACUCUCACCUGGUGUGUUUCCAGACUGAGGAGGGAAACUACCAGACCCAGGCCAACAGCAUGCCUGGGAAGACCCGCACAGUGACCGGGGCCAGUUUUGUGGUGUUCAAUGGAGCGCUGAAGGCCUCCUCAGGCUUCACUGCCAAGUCGAGCAUUGUCGAAGAUGGGUUGAUGGUUCAGAUCCCUCCUGAGACUAUGGAGUCUCUGCGUACUGCCCUGAGGGAGCAGACGGACUUCCACAUACCCUGCGGGAAAAAUGACGGAGGGGAGGUGAGAGAAAACGUCACUGUCCGCUGGGUUGACUGGAGUUCACCCAUCAACACAGGCAGAACGAGCGGUGUUGAUGGGAGACCUCUGGACGGAGUCCGCAGUGUGAGGGUGCAGCAGGGCUCUGAGUGUGAGUCAGAUGGGCGCUCCAUCAGGUGCACUGAGGUGUUCUACCAGCUGAAGAGCCUGGACUGCAGCCUGGUGUCAGUUCUGCCAUCCUGCAGCGUGUUUCAGAAGGAGAUGGCUUUGGCUGCCUGCAGCGCUCUGACUCCUCACCUCGCUGUUCUCACCUCCUGUGGCAUCAACUCGCUCUCUCUGCGCGUCUCCACACAGGCUGAUAUGGUGGAGUACCAGGCUGGCUCUGGGGGCAGACUUCUCCCUCAGCACUACAUGAACGAGCUGGACAGCGCCCUGAUCCCCGUCAUCCAUGGAGGGUACGCCAGUGUGCCGCAGACUGCCAUGGACAUAGAGUUCAUCUUCUACAUCACCCAUUCCAUCUGAUAAACACACAGGCUGUAACAGAGUCAACGUGAGCCGCUGAUUGUGGCAGGACGAGUCGCCAAGUAGACGUCUCCACCCUGAGGCUGGGAUGUAAACUGAAAUGAUUCUGGUUUUCUGUUAAGGAACUGUUGUAUAUUUGUGUUUUUCAUGCUCACCAAAGCUGCUUUAAUGCAAGAAGCCAAACACUAAACAAGGAAUAACACAAUAUGACCAAAUACAACCAAACUAUCAAACUGUU